AGGUGACUUGUACCAGCUGACUGCUUCUUCUCCCUGCCAGAGGCAUAACGCAUCAAGCUCAGUGGUCCCUGCCAGCUUCGAGCUGAGCCGUAAAUGUCCUUUUAAUGUUAAUGGAGGAAGAACUACUGGAAUUGAAGACCCUGAUUGCUCAAUUAAAGGCUGACAAUGAGAAGCUGCGUGCAGAGCGUUCGCCUUCCACAUCUAGCUCCAGUGCUGGGCCAUCUUCAGCUUCUGCACUCCCUACUGCCCAAGUAACAGACAGGUUAGUGCUUGUCCCACGUGAUCGUAAGUGUCCUAUGUUUAGGGGACGGAUGGGGAUUAGUGUGAGCGAGUGGGUUGAGGAGGUACAGGCGUGUAUACGGGCACGAAAUUUGUCAGCAGCAGAUCAGGCCUUCUUUUUGUACGACCAUUUAGAAGGAGAGGCUAGGGAUGAAAUCAAAUAUCGCUCUAGUCAGGAACGAGGGGAUCCAGCUAAAAUUAUUUCUAUCCUCGAGGAACUCUAUGGAUGUAAUGAGUCACAUGUUGCAUUACAGGAGGCCUUUUUCUCCAGAAAGCAAUUAGAAGGGGAAACAUUGCAAGAGUUCUCCCUUGCUUUGAUGAGCCUCAUGGAGAAAGUAAAAGCACAGGCUCCUAGGGAUAUGCCUAAUACUGAAGUUCUCCUGCGUGACCAGUUCAUAGAAUAUGUCCUUGAUGGUGCGCUCAGUCGUGCGCUGAAACAGUAUGUUCGUCUGAAACCGGCAGCAACACUGCUUGAUGUCAGAGGUGAGGCAAUGAGGUGGGAAUUAGAGGGGUUGCCAGCUAGUAUGCGAGGCAGGAGUAAUUCUCUGCCUUUAGCGUCCAGUUUUCAGUUUGCUGUGCGUGGUGGGGCACCAUCUAUUGUUGGCCCCACUCAGAGAGAGGUUAAUGAGUUAAAAGAGCUUUUAAAACAGCAACAGGAGCAACUUAAUCAGCUUACUCAAAGCAUUUCCCUCCUUCAAACUGCACAAGGGCGUAGCCGCUCUCCACGUCGCGGUCCUAUUAUAUGUCGACGGUGCCAACAGCCCGGACAUAUUGCUAGGGAGUGUGGGGGGCCCCGCGUUGCCUUCCGUCAGCAAUCUCUCUCAGGGUCACGUCAGGGAAGCCAGCUUCCGGAAAACUAGCGCCCACCGCGUUGCAGAGCCACAG